GUAUACUGAUCUGUCAUGAAAAAUACUAAGUACAAAAAUGAAACCAAACCAUUAUUUGCAAUGAUUAACAUAGACGGCAUCAAUAAAAAAGUACGCAAUGUGAGUUCCAAGAUAAACUGGAAUCUUUUCUAGCCGGCAACUGAAAACAGAGUAUUAACAAUUCUGUCGUAUUCUUCGUAUUAAAGCAACGUAGCAUUAAAAACCCAAUGACAAGCAAAAAUACUAAAGCACGAAAAGCUUGCAAACAGCGACUUGCCACUUUCCACUUUCCAACACUGUCCGCAACAGCUGCUCACACGCCAUCGGCUCGUUACGCAAGUGGAUAGCAACAGGUUCUCAGCCUCAAUAUUAUUGCAAGUGUGAUCAGGUCCGGUUGUAAAAUUCCAGUGAUCGUUCGAUACUAGCAAGCAGUCGGUUAUAUAAAUCUAGUGCCAUGUUGCAAGCGACCAGAAGCCAGCUGUGCGCCCAGGCGCGUCGCUACAGCUCAAAGAUCAGCGAUGUUGUUGUUGUGUCCGCCGCACGGACACCGAUCGGCAGCUUCCAGAGCCAGCUGGCGCCGCUAACGGCCUCACAGCUGGGCGCCACGGCCAUCGAGGCGGCCAUUCAGCGUGCCGGCAUUGGCAAGGGCGAUGUUAGCGAGGUGAUCAUGGGCAAUGUUGUGUCCGCCGGACUCGGCCAGGCGCCGGCACGCCAGGCAGCCAUCUUUGCCGGCCUGCCGACCAGUGUGUGCUGCACCACCGUCAACAAGGUGUGCUCCUCGGGCAUGAAAUCGGUGAUGCUCGGCGCCCAGUCGCUGAUGCUCGGCCAGGCUGAGAUCGUUGUUGCCGGCGGCAUGGAGUCCAUGUCGAAUGUGCCAUACUAUUUGAAGCGCGGUGCCACGCCCUACGGCGGUGUCAAUUUAACCGAUGGCAUUGUCUUCGACGGUCUCUGGGAUGUCUACAACAAGUUCCAUAUGGGCAACUGUGCCGAGAACACCGCCAAGAAGAUGCAGGUGACACGCCAGGAGCAGGAUGCCUUUGCCAUUGAAUCCUACAAGCGUUCGGCCCAGGCCUGGAGCGAUAAAAUCUUCGCCAAUGAAAUUGCCCCGGUGAAGAUUCAGCUUAAGCGCAAGCCGGAGCAGAUCAUUGCCGAGGAUGAGGAAUUCAAGCGCGUCAAUUUUGAGAAAUUCGCCCAGCUGGCGACGGUGUUCCAAAAGGAGAAUGGCACCGUUACCGCCGGCAAUGCCUCGACCCUGAACGAUGGCGGCGCCGCUGUCGUCCUGAUGACCGCCGAGGCGGCCAAAUGUGCUGGCCUCAAGCCAUUGGCGCGCAUUGUCGCCUUCCAGGAUGCCGAGACGGAUCCCAUUGAUUUCCCCAUUGCGCCAGCAUUGGCGGUGCCCAAGCUGCUGGAGCGUGCCGGUGUCCGCAAAGAGAAUGUUGCCAUGUGGGAGAUCAAUGAGGCAUUCUCCGUGGUCGUGCUGGCCAACAUACGCAAACUGGACAUCGAUCCGGCCAAGGUGAAUAUUCACGGCGGCGCCGUCUCCCUGGGCCAUCCGAUUGGCAUGUCUGGUGCCCGUCUGGUCACCCAUCUGGCGCAUGCCCUCAAAGCCGGCGAACUGGGCUGCGCCUCCAUAUGCAAUGGCGGCGGCGGCGCCUCCUCCAUUCUGCUCGAGAAGCUCUAAGGCGGCGGAAACAGCAUGAAAACCAACAACUACAACAAGAGCAACAAUUAAAGCCAGAACUGCAUUUAUUCAAAUUUUCAAUCGAUGACGCCAGUUAUCGUUAUCGUUAUCGAACAUUAAAACUGUUUUUUACUCUCAUUGUUUCUGAAAAGAUGAAUUUUUGUCUAUUAUUUGUAUAGCAUUUAAUCGAAAACUUUGUGAUUUGCAAAAUAAACUAAGAAGAAUUGCAUAAA